AUGGAUCCCUACAAUCUCGAAGGGCUCGACGAGGAGCCUCGUUACUGGAACGGGCCUUACUGGCUGGACGAUGCUCUGGCUGCCUUACCUUCCUCUGAGGAGGCUGAGGUGGUUGGGCUUAAACUCGACACUCGGGCCGAAACGUCAUCCCAUGCGUUUGAGGCCCUCCCUACCACCAGCGACAGCCAGCUUCAAGACAACGUGAUCGUUUGCAACGACGUCAACGCUAUCUGUCCUGGCCGCCAGCCGACAAAGAGCCUCAAAUGCGGCGUCGCUGGCUGCACCACCGACAAGCUCUUCGACCGCAAGUACGAACUGGAGCGCCACAUGAAGACUCAUGAAGUCGGCAGCUUCCUAUACACGGCUACUGGAUGCAAACGCGACGGACGUAAACCGUUCAAUCGCAGGGACAAGUUGCAGGAUCAUCAGAGGAGGGUCCAUGGAUUGUGA